UUCCGUUGUAGGCGCCACCUCUAAUCUACUACGUGCCUGACUUCAUCUCCGAGGAGGAGGAGGAGUAUUUGCUUCGACAGGUUUUCAAUGCCCCAAAGCCAAAGUGGACGCAGCUGUCUGGGAGGAAGCUACAGAACUGGGGUGGGCUCCCCCACCCCCGGGGGAUGGUCCCUGAGCGCCUGCCUCCGUGGCUUCAACGCUACGUGGACAAAGUGUCUGACCUCAGCCUUUUUGGGGGUCUCCCAGCCAACCAUGUCCUUGUGAACCAGUAUCUGCCUGGGGAAGGCAUCAUGCCUCAUGAAGACGGGCCACUGUACUACCCCACCGUCAGCACCAUCAGCCUGGGCUCCCACACUGUGCUUGAUUUCUAUGAACCUCGGCAGCCGGAGGAUGACGACGUCCCGACAGAACAGCCCCGGCCGCCUCCACGGCCCGUCACCUCGCUGCUGGUGGAACCGCGCAGCCUGCUGGUGCUCCGGGACACGGCUUACACGCGCCUGCUCCACGGCAUCGCCCCCACCCGCGUGGACGAGCUGGGUGCCACCUCGCUGCCCCCCAACGCAGCCGCCUGCCGCUCGGCGCAGCCCGGAGCCCGCCUGGUGCGCGGCACGCGCGUCUCCCUGACCAUACGCCGCGUGCCCCGCGUGCUGCGCGCCAGCCUCCUGCUGAGCAAGUGACCCCUACGGGGCUCCAAACCUGUGGCCUUAGAACCCUAGGGCAGAGGUAGCUGUCUGGGCUUUAUUUAUUUUCCUAGUAACUGUGGAAACCGUAGAGAAGACGCCAUUCCAAAUAAACUGAAAAUAUUUUUCCUUGUU